AUGGCUACAAAUAAAAUACCUGAAGUCAAAUCACCAGUUGAACAAACAAAGGAACUUGCUGAAGCAUUAACUGAGUUUGAAUUAAACCAUGGUGUCAUAAGUGCAGAUAAUCAAACUAAAGAAGUAUCAGCAGUUGAUAAAUUUAAACACAGACUUGAACGUUUUGGAAAAAUAUCACCUGAAGCAAAACAAAUCUCCCGUGCGUUACGUUUUGGUACAUCCCAUGAAGCAAUUGAAGGUACAGCUAAAAAGCGACGUUUAGAAAGAUUCGGAGUUGUUCCUAAUUCUGAAAAAGAUACACAGCAGAAGAAACGUCAACGCGCUGAUCGUUUUCAUUUGACUAAUACAAAGUCAACUGUCGAUGAAGAUACAAAGAGGAAGCGUAUCGAUCGUUUUGGCCUUGUAACGUCAUUGACAACGGCUACUACUGGAAAAUCACCAUCAACAACUUCAACAGUGCCUGAUGCAAUUAAGAAACGAGCUGAACGUUUUGGAGAUAUAUCUCAAGUAGCCAAAACCAAUACAAUAAAUGAACAAAAACUUAAACGUAUUGAACGAUUUACACCAAAGCCAAAUACUUAA